AUGCAGGCGAAAAGUUAUUCGUUGGGUAGUUGCGACGUGUCAUAUCAAAUAGGAUAUCUCAGAAAGUUGGAUGAACCACAGUGCACAGAUCGAAAAUGGGGUCCAUGGGGCCCCUGUAAUGUGUCAUGUGGAACCGGUUAUAAAACAAGAGUGAGUUUGCCUAAAGAAGAUCAGAAUGAUGAAGAUAACGAGAAUGACGCAGAAGAAAAUUGUCCAGGUCAAGAAACUGUCAAGUGUAGUAUGCCAUGCAAUGAAGAACCUUUUGGAGAAAAUCUAGUAAUCCUAGAACAAUUGUCUGAUGGUAGAGUUCUUGAUUGCAAGGUGAGUCAAUGGACAGUUUGGAGUCCCUGUGAUUUGAAUGGAGCAUCUUGUGGCCAUGGGUACAUAAGAAGAAAUAGAUAUAUUCUGAGACAUCCUGAGAAUGGUGGAAGAUCCUGCCCACACCGUCUAUCCCAAAAACGAACCUGCUGGAUCCCUUGCCGUCGAGAAGCACCAAAUGAUAAGAAUCCAGAUUUCGAUAUCAACUCUUCUAUGGAGGAAAGAGAUGAUGGAAGUCUUUGUGAAAUGUCAGAAUGGACUGCGUGGAGCCCUUGUAGUUCAAUAUGUGGUUCCAAUGCGAAACAACAAAGAACAAGGAAAAUCCUCAAUAAACCAUCAGGACUAUCGCCGUUAGACUGUCCUACUAGACUAGACCUCAAGCCUUGUAAUUUACCUAUAGCCUGUACUGAUGAUGGAAAGCCAAUUUUAUUUUGAAUUGCCUAUCAAUUUUUUAGUUUCAGUAGGUAUUCCAGAUGUUAUUAUACAGGUUGUUUUUCAUCUCUACACAAAAAUACAUACUCAGUGCUGUAACUGAAUGAUGUUAGCUACUCUUUGUUUAAAAUCAUCUCGGUCCUGGCAUAUUUUGGUCCUCCUAAAUAUUCAGUGCUGUAACUGAAUUAUGUUAGCUACUCUUUGUAUAAAAUCAUCUCGGUCUUGGCAUAUCUUGGUCCUCCUAAAUGUAUUCAAAUGAAAAUACUGUUAUCCACAAGUAUAUUUUUUUCUCAGAAUAAUGUUCAUCAUAC